AUGAAAGUGCGGGGCCCAAUGGGGCCGCAUAGGUUGAGGUGGCCUAAAGCCUGUCAUUGGCCUACUGUAGACUACUUCGAAUGCUUGUAUCGAUCAUGCAGUGGGAAAGGGAAAUGGUCUAGAUCUAUAUUAACCAACAGAUUAUAGAGAACUAUAAAAUACUAUGUCUUUAUAUUUCUAGAUGUAAUCUAGAUCUAUACAUCGAUGAUAACGGAAAAGUCCAUAUUAAAAUUUUUUAAAUAUGUAUAGUUUAGUGCUAAUGUUAACUAAGUUUAUAGGUAAGUGCUAUAAGGUAAGUGUUUGCUGAUUUGAUCUUGUAGUUUAAAAAAAAAAUUGAAGUGGGAUAUCCGAUAUUCUUUGAUUGUUGAUUUCUUAGACUUAAUCGUCUCCAGGCGAAAACUUCAAGUAACUCAAGAUACAGCUAUUAAAUAAGAAACGGCUGAGAUUUUACACAGGCGUACGAUGGGGGUGCCAGAUGAGGUGGACAGCCCUGUACGCAAAAGACCCAAGCUUUCUUUACGAACAUCUCGCAAAUCUGAACCACCUGAAAGUUUGAGUAGUUCAAAUGAACCCUUGCUUAAUAAUUUAACAAACUCUCAGCCUUCAAAUGGAAUUGUAAAGGCAUCAAAUGAUUAUGCUGACGUUACACCUGAUUUACCUUUAUCAUCUGAUCCUUUGGUUCUUCCAGUUGCUUCAUUAUAUAACCUAGGUAACACAUGUUUUAUGAAUAGUAUCUUACAAGUACUACGGUUCACCCCCGACUUCCUGGAUGGCAUAGAAAAAUUAAAGAUGAACAUUGAUGAGGAGCAAGAAGAAGAGUCAACCAAUGAUGUUCAUCUUGCAUGGCAAGUGGUUAAAAAUACUCACCAGCUGUUCAGUGACAUGGAGAAACAGGAGAGGGAUUACAGAAAAGUAGCAACAAGUGAUGCCUCCAGCAUGGCAGUUAGACCGACUACACUUCUGGACAACAUAAGAGAACUAAAUCCUAUGUUUGAGGGUCACUAUCAGCAUGAUGCCCAAGAAUUGUUGCGCUGUCUGCUGUGUUUCAUUGAAGAUGCUCACAAAGGUCUGCAUGCAGUCUGGGAGAGAAAUAAAAAACCUCAACUAAAGGAUGAAGUGGAGGAAAAAGGGGACAUGAAAGAAGAGCUGCUCGGCACUGACCCAACACGACAAACAUACACAGCUGCUAAUGUUAAAACACAAACAGAGAGCAAGCUGGUUUUAAAAGGCGGAAGCACUGAAAGUCUGAAUGCUGUAAAGACAAGUUCUCAGAGCAGGAAACCAGAGGAGAGCACUUCACGAAAAUUUAUGGAUGCAUAUUUUGGUGUGAGCAAGACAGAUUCCAUUAGUUCAUCUAGCAUCUGCAUAUCUGAGAAUGCUAAUAGUGUGGAAUCAGUAGAAACAGUUCAAGAAAACAACACCACCACUAAAUCAUCCUCCAGUAAGAAACGUAAAAGAGGUAGGCCCAGAACAAAAUCAAAUCAAAAGACAUCUGGUUCUGACCAAUGUACUCCAGCAAAGUGUGACAAUAGCACAACCCUUAAUCUAGAUUCUGAGAAUGAGGUAAAGCAGCAAGUUUGUGAGAGUCAAAUAAUAGCUCAAGUUGCAGGCAUCAGGAAGCACCAAUCCAGUGCAAGCAAAAUGAAAGAAGUGUCCAACAACAAAAAUCAGCCUAGCAUAAUAUCUAUGUUUUCAGAAAGCAGUCGAAAAUAUUCUGGUUCUCCCAUCACGGACCAUCAAAAGAAGUCUGAGGUUUUAACUAAUGCUGUUAGCCUCAAAGCAUCACAUGCUUUUCCCUUGAAAAGCUUUGUCCGAAAGGAUACUGAUAAGGAUGAAGUCAUUCCAACUAAUGAUAGCAUUGAUCUAUUUCACAGCAAGUCUAGUACAUUUGUGAAAAAUGAAGAUAUAAAGAUUUUACAAAGUCCUGGUAAAAAUGUUUCCAGUCCUGCAAAAUUAUUAAUUGGUUCUACCAAUUGGGUCCAAGGGGUGGAAUGUGUUGAUGCCAUCUCUGAUCUUCAGGACAUUGGCCAGAAGUAUGCCAACUCUACUGUUAAAAAAUAUUAUCCUUCCCUGUCAGAGUCUCCAUCUAAGCUCUCAUCUCCUCAGUCUCAUAAUGUUUUCCCCCCUGGCCGUACACAACUCAUUGUAACUAGUCCAGAAUUUAAAACCAGAGGAGAUGGUGGCAAUUGCUCACAUUUAUCAACGGCUGAAAUGGAUGCUCAUGUACUUCUGCACUCACCUUUCAAACCUGAAACAGAAGACGGCAAACUGAUGGACAAACCUGCUCGGGAUCAAAAAACUUACAUUAGAAAACUAUUUUCUGCCUGUACCUCUGAAGGUUCUCAACAACCUCUGGCUACAUCAACUGAUUCACUCAACAUUGCUAGCAGUUCUUCUGCAAGGAAAUGCCAUUCCCUACCUCCUUCCCCUGUUUUCACCUCAUCUGCUCAACCUUUGCUUCAGCCCGCAUCACACGCCUUCCAAACAAAGGAACUUAAGAUGCAGCUGAAAAAAUGUGACUGGCUAGGUGUUAGUCCUGUGAAAUCUGUCAGUGCCAGAUUGGCUCUCUCAGCUCUGGCUAAAGGCAACCAUCUUCACAGUAAAGUAAAACUUGAAUUCGGUGAACACUUAGAGCCUGAAAUUGUAACCAAACCACCUGCCAGUGUACUGUCUACCCCAGUGAGCAGCUGCCACAAAGCCAUCACACCCGCAGUCCGAAGGAGUGAAAGAAAAAAGCGUCCAACUUCUAAAUUAAUGAGCAGUUUCCAAAGUAAAAGGUCUUCCAUCACUGAAGGUGUAAAAUUAAAGCCCCUGUGUAUAACACUUGAUAACUGUGACUGGCUUCUUGCAGGAAGCACUAACCAAGCAGUCAAUGUUAAUCAAGCUUUAUUCAAGCUAAAAGACAUGGGUGACAUUUCUUACAGACUUCUGCCGAGAGAUACUAGCAUUUAUUUAGAUUCUGAAGCCAAAAGAGAGAAAAAGGUUCUUCAGUAUUCAGGUACUUUAGUAGAGUAUUUAUUUGGUGGUACCAUGAUGCAUCGCACCAGAUGCCUGGAGUGUGAGGUGUCUAGAGAAAGACAGGAAGUUUUUAUGGACAUCAGUGUGCCCAUCAGAAGUUUGCAGCCACAAGAUAGUGACAGCAGCGAUGAGGAUGAUAAUUUAGCUAACAAAGAUUCCUGCUUGGACAAGCUGAUGCUGGCUUUCUCUAAUGUAGAGCGGCUGACAGAUAACAACAAAUAUUUCUGUGAGGAAUGUCUGCGCCAUGUUGAGGCUGAGCGCUCCUGCCAUUACACCACCCUGCCCAAUGUGUUAACCUUACACCUAAAGAGAUUUGGUUCAAAUACAGGGCUGUUAGGGGGUGUCUCCAAACUUAAUGACAGAGUAAUCAUAUCUCAGCACCUACCAUGUUUAAAGUACAUGUGUAAACCCAACUGUCAGGAUCCUUCACACAGGUAUUCUUUGUAUGCCAUUGUCACUCAUUCUGGGAAUCUUCUUCGAGGUCACUACAGGGCUUACGUCAAGGUUCAGGAGUGUGUGAACCCAGCUGUGUUCGCUAACCUUGGAAGUAUGGACUAUCACAGUCAUUCAGACUCUCCUCGUCUUAAAACUCCUUCCAUGAAAGUCAUGACAGCAGAUGGGGAUUAUGUGAAGAAAACUUUGGACAAUCAGACAGACAACAACAGGGACUCCUACCGAAGAGACAAUUCCCCUGAAGGCUCCCCCAGCCCCAAGUGUUAUUGGCUGGAGUGUGAUGAUGAGUGCAUGAGGGUCAUGAGGGAGAAAGAGUUCAUGGAGAAGUUGGAAGGGGUGGAGGGGCGGGCUUUGAUGGGCACACCAUACAUUUUGUUCUAUCACAGCCUAGACUUAGUGUGAAAGUGUUUUUGUAACUGUUAGUUUUACAUCCAACAUUGUCAGUAACAGUAUGGUCUCUCUAGUAAUUCUUUGCUUUAACUGUAUAAAACCCAACUCCUAACAUUAACAUCCCUAGAUUAAAAUCUGGCCUGGAAACUUGAGCUGCAUUCCUAGAGUGAGUCCUCCGCCCAGUAAUAAAUAUUUCUUCUGGUGAAAGUAUAGGCAUUAGGUCAUUGUGCUGGCCACACAUUGUAUGAACUAGCUUCAAUUCAUUUGAACAGUAAAUCACUUUGCAGAUCAUGUAGACCAAAGAGGAAACAAUAACCUCUGUAUCAAGUCACUUAUUCUUGUGGUUCUGAACAUGUUAGGACUUGAGGGUCAUUAGUAGAAUUUGUGUAGCUCACCAUAUGUGACCCUUUAAACAGAAAUAAAAGUGUCACUUCUGCACCAUCAUGUGCGAUGGCUGAUCUUAUGUUUAAACUGCCAAUGUAGUCCCUUACCGUUACACUAUCACCUUUUUGACAUGAAAUGAAAGAAUCAAGUUUACUGAUUAUUUCAUUUUGUUCUCAAUGUGACAUUAUCCAAGUAGCAUAUGGCUUUAGCAUGUCUGGGUAGACAAAGAUCUUUCUUAUGGCCUUUGUCUUUCUGACUUCACUGGUUUGGCAGAUUUUCCUUUGGUGUUUCAAUCUAUCAUUGGCCUGGGCAUCUUAUACCCCAUAGAGCUCCAUUGAUGCAUUUGAGUGUUGACAAGGAGGAAACUUGAUUACUGAAGAAUAAAAUAAAAGGUGAAUUAAUUAUCAAGCCCAGAUAACAAUUCUGCAUUCUUUAAAUGCAGCUAAUUAUAUAUAAAAAUGUAAUGUUUAAAAGAGACAUUUCUGCUUGCAAAUAGAAUCAACUUUAAUGCAAGCAGAGCUACCACGUUUGUUUUUUUCGUGGUAUUGUUAAUUGCUUUCAAGUCCUUCUUUAAAUCUUCCAUAUACAACUAGUAACUAAUGUAAUAUAAAAUAGCAUUCUUUCAUCUAUCUUUGGAAACCAUCUGUGAUGAUCACUUGGUACUGCAAUAUGUAUUUUGUUUUGAGUUAAAACUACAUGUGUAUAAAAAGAGCCUAGUUGUAAAAAAAUAUUUUAAAACUCAGAUGAUGUGGAAGUGUAUGUAUUUCCUUGUAGCCUUUACAAAUUGUACUCAUCAUUUGUGAUUUUUGUACUUGCAUAUUCUUGCGAUAGGUAGCACUUAAAAUGUGUUCAAUAUUUUAUAUUAAGUUCUCUACUCUUGUACACAAUAAGAGGGGAAGUCUUAGCUCCUUGUAUGUAUUCUUUUAUAAAGGGAACUAAUCAAUUCUGUUUCUCAUUUCUAGAAUGCAGCAAAGGGAGGCUACUUUAUUUGAUAACUAUUAAGUAAUAUGGUGUUUACAGAGUAAGAUGGCUCAUAGUUGUAAAAUAAUACAUGACUAGACGUUAUUAUCUAAAUGCAUUGUUUUAAAUACCGGUUUUGUUUUUAUCUAUUAAAGUGUUUCUAGUUUAUUUUAA